CCACGCACAGCAGAUGAAUGGCUCGGCCGAUAGCUCACCAGCUGGCACACACCGGUACAGUACAAGCUGUGUGUCGGAGCUCUGUGAAGCGGACACUGUAAGUAAGUAAUCAACGCUCCGAAGAGAAGAGACUAAUUGACUGUACAUUUAGCUGCACACAUACAAACAAAUACGUCAGUCAACAUCGAUCAGUCUCACACGUGUGCACCCCCUCCAGGCCUGUACACGCCCAUAUAUCUGCGGCUGCACUCGCAGCACAUUCACCAGCCACACACAACCCCCUCGACGACGAGCUGGCCGAGCUCCUUCGUUAACGACCAGUGGCUAGCUGCCCUUCAGCUUCCCCCUUUGUGUCGGCCGCUUCUCUUCCGCCACCAAGUGAUAGUUUCGGAACAGCUCUUGGGGGGCGAAACACUCGCGGAAGUUCUCCCACACGCCUGACAUACACACAUGCAUAAGACAACACGCGCAACGCAACCCAGUAAUCCAUCGGUUGUGUUCAUGGAAUGGUAAGGGUUCCUCGUCUGUCUCCGUCUCAUCCACUGACUGACUGACCACUGACCUUUGUCGUAUAUGUUCUGGAUCUGGUCUGGCCGCUCGCCGCUGAGCUCCAGACGCCGCCUGAAGGAGUCAGAGACACACACGGAUAUGAUGCGCAGGCAGGGCUGGCGAUCUGGGUGCUCCACUGAUCGACUGACCUCUCGUUGCGAUACUUGAAGGUCUCGUUGGUCGUCACGUUCGCAGCGACCUGCCGUAAGAAGGAUGGCACACGUCGCGGGGUGUCAGUGUGUCGUGGGGGGUGCGUGUGCCCGGCCAACCGACCAGGAAGAGAUGGUAUGCGGUGAAUGCCACGAGGACAGCCGACAUGAUGAUGCACAGCAGCGUCACGAACAUCAAUAUGGCGUUGUUCGCCAACAUGUACUGACGUCCAUCGACACACAGAGAGACAGAGAGAGAGGGAUGGCUACCGACGGCAGGACAAGAAGAAGAAAUGGCCUCUUCGUGCCGACUGACCUGGAAAACGAUUGAGUACGAGGCAGAGAAUCGCUCUCCUGUGACGGCAUCGACAUACACAGCUGCAAACACGCACACAAGGACAGACAGGUCUGCCCUCCCCUCCCCUCCUCUCUCUUGGCACAACCGGUCCACGCACCCACAGCCACCACACCCGUACCUUGGAACAGCUGCCUCUCUAUGAUCUGUCCCAGCAAGAUCAAUACACCUUUAAAGCAGCGCAGCCACAGACAGCAAGAUGAACAAGAUAUCACUCACUCACGGUGCACAUGCCUUCUGUGCUGGCCGAGUGUGGUCGGUGUGUGUGUGUGCGUGUACGUGUGUGCGUGGUUGCGUACCGACGAGGGAUCCAUACACACAGAGGAAAGCGUGUGUGAGGAGGAAGUAGAUGAACCACCGGUGGUUGCCCUCGCCCACACAGUUGCCUAUCCACACACAGUGAUGGUCAAACCUGCUCAAACAGAAGGUCCACCCACAAACACAGCACUACUCCCGCCUCUCUGCCUGGGCGUCUGGGUCUCUCUGUCUCUGUGUGACUGACCUGACGACGCACACGUCGCACAUGCUGCAGUGUUUUGACCGUGCUGGUUUGAGGGUAUCGCAGGUCGGGCACUUCUUGCCUUCAACAAAGAUCACCCCGUCAUAGGGAAACUGGGACACACACGCCUUCUCGUUGGCCCUAUGCACAAUCCCUACACACACAAAGGGGGCGGAAGGAAAUGGGGUAUGUGUGCUGCAUUCACAUGCCGUUCAUACGGACCUGGGUCUUUGAGAGAUGCAAUAGCAAAGGUGAACAGGCACACAGCGAAGGCAACCAGGCCGCCCCACCUGCAGCGCAACAGUGUGUGUCUUCCCAUGCACCCUGCCGGCUGUGGUGCAUUGCAUAGCUGAGUGUCUGCUCGCUCACUUGUGGGCGCCACUGAUGAGCGGCCCGGGCAUGUACGGGUAGCCUGAUGGACAGACAGACAGACAGACAGGCACAGAUCUCAUGCAGGAAUCGACCGCCUGUGUGUGGCAGGGGUCCGCUCACCGAAAGUGACGAAAGCAAAGUACCCCCCAACCACUAUAAACAAGUAAAAGAUCUGCACCACACACACACACACACACACAAUGAGCAAGUAGCACGGCACUGCAUUGACAUUGACCUGUAUAGAGGGGUUGUUUUUGUAGAGCAGGUAGUGCAUCCACGAGUCGACCACCUCGGUGCCCUUGUCGCCGAAGAGCACCUUCAGCGUGCUCUUGAACGCCCACGGCACGCCGAUGCACACGCACCUGGUGAUGAUGUCGAUGCACGUAGAGCCUUCGGGGUCGCCGCAGCACAGGAUCAUGGCGGCGAAGCCGCAGAUAGAUAGAUAGGUGAUUAUCCACAGCCACCAAGCCAUCUGCUGAUGCGAUGAAGAAGCCAAGAUCUGAAGCUCAGGCUGUCAAGAGAAGGCUACCUCACGGCUGGCUGAGGCGUAAUCUCACGCGUAAUCUCAACACUCCUCUCUGCGUGAAGAAGU